AUGAAGCUCGCUGCUCUCUUCACCAUCGUCCCUCUUCUGAUCGGCUCGGCGUCGGCCGUGCUUCACACCAUCGCGCUCGAUCACACGCCCGCCUAUACCCUCGGCGGCUUGUUCAAGUACGACACCGACCUCAAAAACUUCUGCUUUGUUGCCAACAAGGCCGCCGAUGCGAGCGACCAGUCUCGUUGGGAGCUGUUCUACAAGAACACGGGCAUUCAGGCGGGCGGCAUGUACAACCAGUGCGGCGGGUUCCCUGGCGCACCCGAUGGUAACCUCGUCAACCUCGAGAUGAGCUACCGCAAUCUGAUCGCCUCGAACAAGGCCAUUCCCGGAUCUCGCCUGGUCUUCACCGACGGCAACGGCCGCAACAUUGGCACGGCGGACCUCUCGAACAUGAAGUGGACCUGA